UUCUGCCCGCAAAGUUUGGGGCCAGGCGCAAUGGCCAAGAGCAGCUCCCUGAAUAUCCGCGUGGUGGAGGGCCGGGCGCUGCCCGCCAAGGACGUCUCUGGAAGCAGCGACCCCUACUGCCUCGUGAAAGUGGAUGACGAGGUGGUGGCUAGAACAGCCACCAUCUGGAGGAGCCUGAGCCCUUUCUGGGGCGAGGAGUACACGGUUCAUCUGCCCCUGGAUUUCCACCACCUGGCCCUGUACGUGCUGGACGAGGACACCGUUGGGCACGACGAUGUCAUCGGCAAGAUCUCCCUGAGCAAGGAGGCCAUCACGGCUGACCCCCGAGGGAUCGACAGCUGGAUCAACCUGAGCCCCGUGCACCCGGACGCGGAGGUGCAAGGUGAGGUCUGCCUGGCGGUGCAGGUGCAGGAGGAUGCCCGCGGCCGGUGUCUCCGCUGCCACGUGCUUCAAGCCAGGGACCUGGCCCCGCGGGACAUCUCUGGCACCUCUGACCCGUUCGCUCGUGUGUUCUGGGGCGGCCAGAGCGCGGAGACGUCGACCAUCAAGAAGACGCGCUUCCCACACUGGAACGAGGUGCUGGAGCUGCGGGCGACGCCCGGCGCCCCGUCCCCGCUGCGAGUGGAGCUCUGGGACUGGGACAUGGUGGGCAAGAACGACUUCUUGGGCAUGGUGGAGUUCCCGCCCCAGACCCUGCAGCAGAAGCCGCCCAGCGGCUGGUUCCGCCUCCUGCCCUUGUCCAGCGCCGAGGAGGAUUCUGGGGGCAGCCUGGGGGCCCUGCGGCUGAAGGUGCGGCUCUCGGAGGACCGCGUGCUGCCCUCGGGGCGCUACCAGCCGCUCAGGGCGCUGCUCCUGGACGCCGUGAGGGCGCCGGCCGAGGAGGACACUGCCAGCCCCUUGGCUGUGCUGGAGGAGGUGGCCUCGGGGGACUGCCGUCGGGACCUGGCCACCACUCUGGUGAAGCUGUUCCUGGGCCAGGGCCUGGCCGGGCCCCUGCUGGGCUACCUCACCCGGAGAGAGGUGGCCCGCACCACCGACCCCAACACGCUCUUCCGCUCCAACUCUCUGGCUUCCAAGUCCAUGGAGCAGUUCAUGAAGCUCGUGGGCAUGCGCUACCUGCACGAGGUCCUCAAGCCAGUGGUCAGCCGCAUCUUCGAGGAGAAGAAGUACGUGGAGCUGGACCCCUGCAAGAUGGACCUGGGCCGGGCCAGGAGGAUCUCCUUCAAGGGUGCACCCUCAGAGGACCAGGUGCGGGAGAGCAGCCUCGGGCUGCUGACUGGCUACCUGGGGGCCAUCGUGGACGCCAUCGUGGGCUCCGUGGGGUGCUGCCCGCCCGCCAUGCGCCGCGCCUUCAAGCAGCUGCGCGUCUGUGUGGCAGAGCGCUUCCCGCAGGCCGAGCACCAGGACGUGAAGUACCUGGCCGUGAGCGGCUUCCUCUUCCUGCGGUUUUUCGCACCGGCCAUCCUCACGCCAAAGCUCUUUGACCUCCGGGACCAGCACGCGGACCCCCAGACCAGCCGCUCGCUGCUGCUGCUGGCCAAGGCUGUGCAGAGCAUUGGAAACCUGGGCCAGCAGCUGGGCCAGGGCAAGGAGCUGUGGAUGGCACCCCUGCACCCCUUCCUGCUGCAGAGCGUCUCCCGCGUGCGGGCCUUCCUGGACCAGCUGGUGGACGUGGAUGGGGAUGAGGAGGCUGGUGGCCCAGCGAGGGCCCUGGUCCCGCCCUCGGUGACACUUCGAGAAGGCUACCUGCAGAAGCGCAAGGAGGAGCCCGCUGGCCUGGCCACCCGCUUCGCCUUCAAGAAGCGCUACUUCUGGCUCAGCGGGGAGGAGCUGGCCUGCGCCAAGGGCCCCGAGGGGCAGGAGCGCAGCUCCAUCCCAGUGUCGCACAUCCGCGCCGUGGAGCGCGUGGACGAGGGCGCCUUCCAGUUGCCCUACGUGAUGCAGGUGGUGACGCAGGACGGCGAGGGGGCGCUGCACACCACCUACCUGCAGUGCAAGAACGUGAACGAGCUCAACCAAUGGCUGUCGGCCCUGCGCAAAGCCAGCGCCCCCAACCAGGACAAGCUGGCCGCCUGCCACCCUGGUGCCUUCCGCGGUGGGCGCUGGACCUGUUGCCUGCAGGCUGAGCGCCCUGCUGUGGGUUGCAGUCGCACACACUCAGCCAUCACCCUGGGGGACUGGAGCGACCCUCUGGAUCCCGAUGCUGAGACCCAGAUGGUGUAUCGGCAGCUGCUUCUGGGGCGGGACCAGCUCCGGAUGAAAUUCCUAGAGGAUUCCAGUCUGGACCCAGACCUGGAGGAGGACACGGGGACCUGCCCCGAGGUCCUGGCUCGGCAGAGGGCAGCGGCGGCCCGCCUGCUGGAGGUGCUGGAAGACCUGGAUCGCGCCCACCAGGAGUUCCAGGGGCAGGGGCAGGGGAAGGUGGCCCCCGGCCCCCCGGCGCCCUGAGACACUCAGGGCCAGUCUGGAAGGAGGAGCAAGGAACCCUGGGGCCUCCUCAGCGCACCCUGGCCCAGGAGCCUCCCCGUGGCUGUCCUGAGCCUCUUCAGCGCUGCUUCCUGGAAACUCUCCGAGACCUUUCUAGGCCUGUGUGCCCUGAGUCCAGACAGGCAGGUCUUUGGCAGGGGUCAGCCUUGUGCAGAAUGAAUGGAGUCUUCAGGUUGAAUGGGACAGGAGAAGGAACUUGACUUUUCUGAGCCUGGAGCCUUCUUCAUUGGACUAGCCUCUACCCACACCUAGGAAGCCAGCCUUGCCCCGAGCUGCUGGAUACAUAUAUACCUGGAAUCCCAAUGCCCCUGUGGCCUUGUCGCCCCCAUGGGCUCAGCUCUUCCUGUUUUCACAUCAGCUAAUCCCUGUAACCUCACUGUCCUUCUGUAUAUUGUCCUUGCCUGCGGGCUCCAACCCCAGCUUCCAGAAUCAGGUGCCCUCUGGGAGAUUGGA